AUGUCGCUUUUGUCUGCGGCGCGGGCGGCCCUGCGAGUGUACGCGGUGGGCGCGGCGGUGGUCGUGGCGCAGCUGCUGCGCCGCCGCCUCCCGGGCUUCGCGGAACCAGGUCGUCCCGAAUGAGCGAGGCCCGGCCCGGGUGGCGCAAUGGAGGGCAAGAGCCUGGAGGGCGCGCAGACCGACCUCAAGCUGGUGGCGCAUCCGCGCGCCAAGAGCAAAGUGUGGCGCUACUUCGGCUUCGACACGAACGCCGAGGGCUGCAUCCUGCAGUGGAAGAAGAUCUACUGCCGCAUCUGCAUGGCCCAGAUCGCCUACUCGGGCAACACCUCCAACCUGUCCUACCACCUGGAGAAGAACCACCCCGAUGAGUUCUGCGAGUUUGUCAAGAGCAACACGGAGCAGAUGCGCGAGGCCUUCGCCAGCGCCUUCUCCAAGCUCAAGCCCGAGGCCGCGCAGCAGAGCGCGCAGGAGCCGCCGGCCGCCAAGGCGGCGGCGGCGGCGGCAGCGGUGCACGGCCACGAGGGCCGCAGGCAGCAGGAACUGACGGCCGCCGUCAUGGGCCUCAUCUGCGAGGGGCUCUAUCCCGCGUCCAUCGUGGACGAGCCCACGUUCAAGGUGCUGCUGAAGACGGCCGAGCCGCGCUACGAGCUGCCCAGCCGCAAGUUCUUCUGCGGCAAGGCCAUCCCCGAGCGCUACGGCGCCGUGCGUGACGCGGUCCUCAAGGAGCUGGCGGAGGCCGCGUGGUGCGGCAUCUCCACCGACCUGUGGCGCAGCGAGAGCCAGAAUCGGACCUACGUGACGCUGGCCGCGCACUUCCUGGGCCGCGCCGCCCCCCACGGCCUCUUCCUGGGCUCCCGCUGCCUCAAGACCUUCGAGGUGCCGGAGGACAACGCGGCCGAGACCAUCACGCGCGUCCUGUACGAAGCCUUCAUCGAGUGGGGCGUCAGCUCCAAGGUCUUCAGCGCCACCACGGACCGUGGCAAGGACAUCGCCAAGGCCUGCUCGCUGCUGGACAUCGCGGUGCAGAUGCCCUGCCUGGGCCACACGUUCGACGCGGGCAUCCAGCAGGCCUUCCGGCUGCCCAAGCUGGGCGCGCUGCUCGGCCGCUGCCGCAGGCUGGUGGAGUACUUCCAGCAGUCCACCGUGGCCAUGUACAUGCUGUACGAGAAGCAGAAGCAGCAGAACGCCGCCCACUGCAUGCUGGUCAGCAACCGCGUGUCCUGGUGGGGCAGCACACUGGCCAUGCUGCAGCGCCUCAAGGAGCAGCAGUUCGCCAUCGCCGGGGUCCUCCUGGAGGACAGCAACAACCACCACCUCCUGCUGGAGGCCGCCGAGUGGGCCACCAUCGAGGGCCUGGUGGACCUGCUGCAGCCCUUCAAGCAGGUGGCCGACAUGCUGUCCGGGUCCAAGUACCCCACCAUCAGCAUGGUGAAGCCCCUGCUGCACAUGCUUCUCAACAGCACGCUCAACAGCAAGGAGACGGACUCCAAGGAGAUCAGCAUGGCCAAGGAGGUGAUCGCCAAGGAGCUCGCCAAGACCUACCAGGAGACGCCCGAGAUCGACAUGUUCCUCAACGUGGCCACCUUCCUGGACCCGCGCUACAAGAGGCUGCCCUUCCUGUCCACCUUCGAGAGGCAGCAGGUGGAGAACAGGGUGGUGGAGGAGGCCAAGGGGCUCCUGGACAAGGCCAAGGACGGCGCCUACCGCGCCCCCGGGGACCAGCUGUACGCCCCGCCCGAGGAGCCCCCCGUGAAGAAGCCGGCGCCCUCGGCCACGCCGCCGCCCGCCAGCGUCAUCCACGACAUGCUGGCCGAGAUCUUCUGCCCCGCGGCGGGAGUCGAGGACCAGGACGGCUGGCGCGCGCAGGUGGUGGAGGAGCUCAGCAACUUCAAGUCGCAGAAGGUGCUGGGGCUCAACGAGGACCCCCUCAGGUGGUGGUCCGACCGCUUGGCGCUCUUCCCGCUGCUGCCCAGGGUGCUGCAGAAGUACUGGUCCGUGGCGGCCACGCGCGUCUGCCCCGAGCGCCUCUUCGGCUCCUCGGCCAACGUCGUCAGUGCCAAGCGGAACCGCCUGGCCCCCGCGCACGUGCACGAGCAGAUCUUCCUGUACGAGAAUGCGCGCGGCGCCGCGGCCGAGCUGGAGGAUGAGGACGAGGGCGAGUGGGGCCUGGGCCACGAGCAGGCGUUCCCUCUGGGCGAUGCCGGCCACGCCGGCUAUUUCGGCCUCAGGGACGGCAGCUUCGUGUAGCGUGGCGGUGGGGGGGGGGACCGCGCGUGGGCGCCUCUCGUCGGAUGCUUGGCUGUCAGUACUGACCCCGCCGGUGGGCGCGCUGCCCGGGACAGAGGAAAUGCACAAA